GCAGUACUGGGUCUUGAUUUCCACACAAGAUAAUGGAGAGGAUCGCGGCGGAGUUACAGGACAGCGUGGUCGACUUGACCCGGCAGUUAACGGAGCUCCAGGCCCGCUACGACUCGACCCGGAACCAGCUCCCGACCCGAAUGCAGGCUCUGGACCAGAGGGAGCUGCAAUUGCAGUCCAGGGAGCUGAGGGUGAAGUCGGAAGCGGAAACAGUCCGAAAAAAGUGGGAGAUGUUAGAGAUGAGGGAGAGGGAGCUUGAGAUGAGGGAGUUGGAGAGAGAAGAGCAUUUGGUGAUGCUGGAGAAGUCGGUGGAGGAGAGGGAGAGGGGUUUGGAUGGGAUGCAGGAGUCGCUGGAGGAGCAGAGGCGGCAUUCGAAGGCGCUGCAGGAGGUUUUGGAGGAGAAAUUGGGGUUGAUUUCUGGCCAAAUGAGGGUGAGGCUGAGAGAGUUUGAAGAGAAGGCGAGAGAGGUUGGAGUGAAGGUUAGUGGGUGUGGUGAUGAUGAGGGAGGAGGAGGAGGUUGCGAAAUGCGGGGUGGUUUGAAUGCAGGGGAGGUUGUGAAGCUUAUUGGGGAGAUUUCGCGGAGUGCAGAGAUUGUGGAGUUGUGUCAGGGAGUUGAUUGUGUUGAUAAGAUGCAGGAUGUUAUCCGGAUUCUCAUUGAACGAAAGCAACUGAUAGAGGCUGUUGGAUUUAUAUGCACCUUCAAGUUCACCGAUGAGUUCCCCCCUGUACCACUCUUAAAUGAGUAUGUGGAGGAUGCAGAGAAGUGGUGGACUGAAACUUUCAGUCAGAAGAAAUCACUUCGUAAGAAGGAAAAUGCUGUAGAUGAUCGAAUAACUAGUCUAAGAGCUGUGGCUCAAUGUGUCAAAGCUUACAACUUACAGUCUGAGUAUUCACUAGUGCACAUUGACAAUGACAUAUUGGAGCUUGAAAAUCUAAAGGAAAAUCUGCAUUCGGUGGCAUCUCUCAACAUUAUGAUGAAAACUAAAGGAUUUGGAAAACUAAACGAGAAUAGGGAGGUGGUCCUAUGUCUUCCGUCAUAUAAUAGACAAGAGCAGAGAAACCAGAGGAAAGAAGAUUUCAGCACUCUUUCCCCCAGUUUUCGCAUACAUCGCUGUUGCAGAAAAAAAUUAAUCGGCCAGCCAUUUCAACUGCUAGCCCCAUGACUCGGAUAGAGGAUUAGUUCAGAUGUCUCGAAAACCAUAGUGUACGUGUUAAAUGUUAUGCAUGGAUUCAUUCCAGAUUUUAAUGCAUCCUCUCACUGGUACACGCUCAAAACUCUUGAUAUGUCUGCAUCUAUUGUCUUUGGUCAAGUUUUUGCAUUGGCAAAAUUGACCAAAUUGUUGCAGAUUUUAUUAAUCUUCUGAAUAAAGUGUAUAUCCUAAUUCUGAAGACCCAGCUGUAUUGAUGACAUCAUCAGGGAACGUGCUAGUAGUUUUAUUCUUACAUGUACUACAUUGAUUGUUAACAGACAUUGUACGAUACAGGACUAUAGAAGGUACAGCUUCUGU